GCAAGCAAAAUGCAGAGGGCGGACAGAGGUAGCGGGGGUUUCCAGUGUGGAGGGCAAAAUAAGAGUAACAGAGGGGUUAUGAGUGGGUGAAGAGAAAUGAGCCACAGCUAUAGAGAGGAAAAAUAAUAGAUUCCUUUGCCUCAGGUGGAUAAACUCAAAUACGCAGACACCGCAGGAGAGAAAGAACAAGAAAGAGUGACAGUGACAGACAGAAAGAGAGAUUUAGAGAGACAGAAAGUAAAGACAAGGACUAAAAGAAGAAGGGAGGAUUGGCAUGACUGAAUAAUCAUCUCAACUCCUUGAAACACGACAUCCUGUAAACGAAUUAGAGAUGGGAGAAACAAAAUGUAAAGAAAAAUGUCCAAAAGGAUAUUAUGGUUCAUGUAAUGCUUCGGGUAUAAAAUGUGAACCCUGCCCACAUGGCACCUACACUGAUGUCGAAAACAUGAUGGACAAGUGUCUACCCUGCAGAGGGUGCUCCAGCAACAAUUUAAUCACAUAUAAGGAGUGUGAGGCAAACAGCAACCGGCAGUGCAAAUGUGCACCAGGCUUCUACUGCAUUAACUCAAAUGUUGACCACUGUGAUCAUUGCAUUCCUGUAGCUCGCUGCCCUAAAGGACAAGGGGUCAUCAGACAACACACGCACCUGGAAAACACAGUGUGCAGCCCCUGCACAGAGGGCACCUAUAAUGAUUUGGAUGACUACACCUCCAGCUGCAAAAAUCAUACAAGUUGUGACUCUCUGGGUCGAGUUCUAAAGGAUCGUGGGACCCAAAUAAAAGAUGCAACAUGUGGAGAUUUUAAAGCACAUGGAUAUUGUCAUUGGAUGUUACCUGCUGGUCUGUGGGCGGGGCUCGUGGUUACAGCCAUUUUAAUAUUUCUGGCCGUUUUAAUCAUACGUCGGAGAUCCAAACGUCGGUCAUCAAAAUCAGUACUUAUUUCAGAGUAUUGGAGCUGCGCCUCGCCGACACUUCCUCCAGACAUCUUGAAAUACCCUGCAGACUGUGGUGUGGAGAAACAUGAAGACGGUCACAAACUCACACAUAUUUGUACAGUUGAAAAUUACCCAGACAUGGACUCUGCCACGAAGUGUGAUUUGGGGACCAUGCCAGUGAUGAAAGUGUCAGAAAAUUAUGUGACUGCAAAUGAAUAUCCAGAUAGGAACACAUGUCACUCUAUGUCAAUCUAUCAGUCACAGCCACAGGAGUCUGAAUGGCAUGAAUAAUUAUUGAUAUGUUGAAUUAUUGAUUCACCUGACAAUUAUAUAGACUGUUUAUGUUUAGUAUUACAUGUAUGUAUAUAAGCUUUGCUACAUAUGUUGUGUACAUUUCUGAAUUUACCAGAACUUGAUUUCAAACCUGUAUAUAGGCUAUUGUAUGAAUAAAUAAAGGACACCAGACACACACACACACAAUGUCCUAUGUGAAUAAAAACCUGUACAGAUUUA